UCUGAGCCUUAUGAUCCCUACAUUCCUAAUUCACAGCGAGGACAAGAUGCAUCUAAUAACAAGACAGCCAGAGUUCAACAACAAGUAGAUGAGGUUGUUGGUAUUAUGCAAGAAAAUAUUGAUAAAGUGAUGCAAAGAGGUGAACGAUUGGAUGACCUUCGAGGAAAGACAGAGGAUUUGCAGGCAACUGCUGGACAUUUUAGACGCGGUGCUAAUCAAGUUCGAAAGAGAAUGUGGUGGAAGGAUUUGAAGUGGAAGAUUAUUAUUGCUGUAACUAUUUUAGUUAUUCUGGGCAUCAUUAUU